AUGGACAUUGCCAAGGUUCGUUUCUCCGAAGCGGCCCACUUGCUGGACAAAGGCUGUGUCAAGGAUGCUUAUCUGGGAUACCUCGCGGUGCUGGAAAUAUCGGCCCAAGAAUUGCGCAACGUAAAGUUUGUUCACCAUACGGUUGUAAGUCGACCAAUGGAUUGUGAAGAAUUACUGGCUACUAUCCAUUCCAGUCUAUAUUCUCUCGAAGAUAUCAUCGUGAAACGGUCACCGGAUUCGCCACGAUCCAAUUUACCGUCGGCAAGAUCCACUCCUCCUAUCCCGCCCAAACCUGCAACACUUCAAAAACCCAGAAUCCCGCCCAAACCUACACCGUUACAAUUGCAACCCCUUAUUACAGAAAACUCUAAACCUACCACUCACUUUUCUCCAUCACAGCCAAACGUGCCUUAUCCCAUUGUCUCCAUACCCGCCUUAUCCUGCGACACUCCCGAUCCCAUCUGUAACGAAACGCCAAGGAUACAGACUGAUGUAGUCACAGAGCAAGAAAGUGCAAUGGAAAAGAAUGAUGAAAAUAAAGAGGUCCACGACUUGCUGACCCAACAAAUGACCGAGGAUCAUGAUGAGUUGCAAGAAAGACGAAACUCGCUUCAUUCACCCGAGGUAGAAUUGGGGGUCGAUUUUACGUUUUGGAAUACAACUCAGUGGAACAGUUCCAUGGAAAUGCAAGAGACUGCACAAUGGACACCAGACAAUGUGUUGCGUCAAUCGGUCAUCAAUGUCAGCCUUCUCGUCCCAGCUCAAACCCACACCGGCGAAAGUCUUGCACCUCCCAUGCUUUCACAUACCGAUCCAUACGUACCCAACAUUCCCGCCCCUCCUCUUCUCACCCUUCACAGGCAAUUGCAAACAAAGUUGGAUGAACUGGAGAAAUCGCUGAACGAAUGCAAAUUGUGGCGCCGUCAUUGGCUCCAUGCAGCUGUUGAUCCCCCUAAUAUGGCAAAUCAUCAGCUUGACCCUGAUCUCGACAACAAGAUCCUGCAGCGCACUGCAUCCGUGGCUGGUACACGGGAAACCCUAAAUAAGGUCCGCACAUUGUACAUGAGCGCAAUGACGGUGCCCGAUAUCCUACAUCUUCCUCCUCAUCUGAUUGCGUAUCAAUUCACCCUCAUUGAAUCCGCCAUUUUUCGCGAUAUACCCAUCAGCGCCCUUUUGUCCCAUUCGCCUCGUUCCCCACACCCGAAAAUCACCGCUUCCACCGACUUUUUCAACUAUGUCACACGCGCUAUCGAGCACACCAUUUUACUGCCGCAGGAGGCUUCUCGGCGAGCCGAAAUUAUCCAUCGCUGGAUCAAGAUUGCUGCCAAGUGUCUCACCCUGCACAACUAUCAGACUUUAAAAGCCAUUGUUUCUGCUUUGGGCACGCCCCCUGUUCAACGGUUACGGCGCACAUGGGAAUGCAUUCCUCGCAAACGCUUGGGCAGGCUGGACCUUCUCAACUUGCUGAUGUCGGAAAGUGAUAACUAUCGCCGAUUCCGUGAACACAUGGGAUUAAGGAAAAGCCGCAAAUGGACGAAACCAGUGGUUCCCUUUCUCGGUGUCUUUAUUCAUGACAUGACCUACUUGGUGGCUGCCGCCAAAGGGAACAAAGAGGACGAUCCCCGUGUCCAGGAUUUACUGUCCCUGUUCCAAAUGUUCCAAAACGCUCCAAAGUACUCACAACAACCUCCAUCGUUUCUGAUGAAAUCCGCACGAAAGCCCAUUUUUCGCACAGGUAACAUUACCAAUGCCUUGCCGUUUACCAAUCCGUCGACCAAAAACCCUAAACUGCAUACUCUGACGACUCAUGGCGAUGAAGACGAGCAAGUGGAAUUGGAACAGCAAGUAAUCACGCAGUAUCUACUGAUGCGACCUUGGGUGAAUGAGAAAAUCAUUGAUGAACUCAGUCUGUUACGGGAGCCUCCCAAAUCUCGCGCUGGAUCGAUGCCGAAUAUGACCGUUGGGACUAGUCGAUCGAGUGCCAAUGGAGGCAGUGGAACGUAUUCCGGUAGUCUCCUAAGCAACGCUAGCUCCCUGGUUCGUUUCCAAACCAACAGUGGGUACAGCACCACCACCUCGAUGGCCAGCUCCGACCAGGAACCGGUGACACCGACCACGCCUACAGGAGACGACAGUCGUCGCAGCUCACUUGUUUUCUGGCCGUUCCGAAAGAGUAUGGAUCUGACGCGGACAGUAUCCUUUGCUGCAUCUGACAGCUGCGAUGAUGUUCGAAUAUGGAGCGACGAUAACGACGAUGAGGAUGAAGAUGAAGACGGAGCACGCAUGCUUAGCGCGUCUCAUGUUGGUUUGCAACGAAGGAUUUCACUUCACAAUCGACGUCGACCUAUUUUAGGACCGCCUCAGUCCGCUGUCCAGAAGCAGGCCACAGGCCAUGCUCGCAGCUAUUCCUUGCCAUCGGCCAAACUAGCCGUUAUGGUGGAGCCGUACCCAGCAUCGGAACGAUAG